AUGGAAGGGUACUUGAUUCGCGUACCAUUGGAAGCCUGUUUUCCAGACACACAUCCUGACUGGCAACCGAGUUUCGAUGCCAAUAGGUCCGUUUCCUCUCGAGUGCUUUACUACGUACUCGAAGAAGGAUAUUUACGCGGCUAUGAGGCGCCAAACAGCGUCAGCGAGCCGGUUGAAUGUCUUCAGUUGACCAGCCAUCGUCUCGAAGUUAAUGUCAUGUACUCGCUCAAUAUAUUCGAGAUCAAAGCGCAAGCAGUUAACCUUCGUCCAUCGCACCAAUGCGAUCUCGUCGAUUGUUCAAGUUCGGAUAGCAGUGAUGAAGACAAUCAUUGCAGCAGCACCACACAAGCCGAAUCGGCAGCGAUGAACGCGUCGCACACGAAGAGUCCAUCCUCUCCUGAUGUGAUUAGUGGAAACUACCAUUCGGUGUUUUUUGCCGCAAACAGCGACCUGGUCAAGAAAUGGUCUUUGAAGCUGCUGAACUGGAAUCGUCAUGUGUUUGAACCUUGUGCUGACCACAACGACACGGAACUGAAGCAGUUCAACAGAGACAUUAUUCAGUCGUUGUGCGUCGUGAACGCUGCAAAUCGAUUUCUAAGACCAGUCGAAAUACAGCCAACGCCCGAGGACAGCAUGACGGCUGUUCAGAUUCCAGCUGUAGUGACGGCAUUCGGUUGUAGCCAAGUUAGCUCCACUCCUGCGUCGAUCUGCCUGCCGCCACUUAUCAGUAGCCCCAGCAAGUAUUCAGCGACCGAAACAACCCCGGUCAUCGGCUUAAGCUCAGACAAACCGUCUGAUGGGCUCACGAUGUUGCAGCCCACUAAUUCGUGGUGGACGACUCCUUUCGGAAGACACAAAAAGGUUUCGUCGUAUUCCCUGAGGUGUUGA